AUGCCCGCCAACCGAUCGCCAAAUGUCACCCAAAAGCGUCCUCAGAUCACUCCCCAGCCGAACGUCCAUACGGGUCUCCCCUCACCGACUCCAUCUAGUCAACCCACCUCAACCCAUCCACACACUUCCUCCAAAGGCGCCCCCACACCUCCGACAAUUUCCUCUCAAUCCUACAGACUUCCCCCUAAGAGGAAUUCGUCCCCUCUACCCGCAACUCCUCCGUCCUCCGUCACCCCACCAUCUCAUCUCUCUCAUCAAUACACCACACGCCUAACCGACGCUAACUUCCCCAUGUGUACACGCUUACGCAUGAAAGGUCAAGAACAGCGGGGACAUCAGAUUGCCCCGGCGCAAACUAUGACUCCCUCCAUGCGGCUCUCGUCCACUCUGGCAUCACCUUCAACGACUCGGUGGCACAGAAGGAGAAUGAGGAGGCAGUGGACGACCCUGCAGGACAGCCGGGAAACCAGAAUGUGA